GGAGCCGCAUGGGUUGGAGAUUCUGCCAAGGGCGCUUAUGAGACCACUGCAGAGAAAUUGUCUGAGGGCGCCACAUGGGUCGGAGAUUCAGCGAAAGGUGCUUAUGACACCACUACUGGUAAACUCGCAGAGACUGCCGACUACGUGGCCGACUCUGCGAAAGGCGCAUAUGACACCACCACCGGGAAACUUUCAGAGACUGCCGGCUAUGUCGCAGACACAGCGAAAGGAGCUUACGACACCACUACUGAGAAGGUGUCGGAGAGCGCUCACUGGGUCGCAGAUACAGCUAAGGAUGCCGUUCAUACUACAGAGGAGACCGCGAAGAAGGGUGCUGGCUGGGUGACUGAAACCGCCAAAGACACCUACAAUACCACCACUGAGAAAGUAGCUGAGGUAAGAGCGUGA